AUGGCUUUAUCAUCUAUAUUCGGGGGUGGUUCGCCUUCGCAACAACCAACAAUUCCUCAGACUGAUCCAAGCAAUAUAAAAGAUAAACUAAAAACCCAAAUUUCGCAUGAAUUAGCAGUUGCUAAUCUUACUGAAUUAGUUAAUGCGGUUACUGAAAAUUGUUUCAAAAAUUGUCAAAAGGCUCCAUUCAACUCCCAGGAUAACGGCUGUGUUGACAAAUGUUUGGUCAAAUACAUGAGAUGCUGGAAUAUUAUUUCUCAGUCUUACGUUGAAAGAAUUCAACAGACAUCUUCAAGCGGUAUUUAA